AUGACAAAAGAGAGCAGAAAUGGGACAUAUAAUAUCGUGAUGGGUACGCGCCUCGUUGAAUCCAACCACUCAGCGGUCACCACCUCUGCCUCUACUUCUGCCAUCUCUGCCACCCAUUCAAUUCAAUUCAAGAUACCUUCAUCAUCAUCGGAUGAUAAACAAUGUGAGAAAUGUGGAAAGAAACAAAGAUUGCCAAAUAAUAAUAAGAAGAUGACUAGUAAAUGGAAAGAGGAGAAAGGUGUUAUUGAGACGGAAGAAGGUAAUGAGAUGGAUUAUGAUAAGGGUAAGUUUGUUGUCAAUGCAAAGUUAAAAGUAAAGGCUAUAAACUAUCAUGAACUAGAAGUCCUUGGAUAA